AUGGAUCUAGUAAACAUUGCGAAACAUCUUUUACAUCUAACACAAAUGGAAUAUGGCUUUGAAGAUUCUAUACCAAGUACUGAUGAAGUUUUUGCUUCACAACAACUAUUUGAAAUUUUAAAGACAUUUAAAGAUAGUUACUUUAAUGAACUAUAUACUUAUCAAACUUUUGAUUUCAAUGAUGAAUAUGAUGAAAUAACGGACGAAGAAGAAAAUAUUGACGAUUACGAUGAAAAUCAGUAUUUUAAUAUCCAAAAUAAUUUUACAUUAGAAGCGAUGGAAGAUAUAGUGGAAUGGAUUGAUCAACAUCCGAAUUAUGCUCAUGACUGGAUCGAAAAUCAAAGAUCUUUAAUUUCGAAUUAUUCUUCUCGUCAAAUUUUAAACAGUGACCAUUGCUCAUUUCAACAAGAAUAUGUUUCUCCAAGAACUCUUUCUUUCACUGGUGAAAGAACAACAGAAGUUGCUGUUAAAAAGAAGAAUAAUAUCACGCACUCUUAUACUGUGCAGCCAAUUACAUCAGCUGAUGGACAAUUAUUAAAAAAAUGUUUACUUAUUCUCCGAGAAAAGGAAAAUGAAUUCGGUAAAACAGUAGAAAAAGAUUUAAUCGUACCACCAAAUGUCUUAGUGCGGGCUUCGAAAUCUGGAAAAAGCAGCGAUGAAAAACAUCGUACUUUUUUAAAUGAAGUUCUGCGACCUUUGGUUGGAAAGAAAUUCCUUCUUUUCCUUGAUUGUUGGACAACUCAAACUGAUCUAAAAAAUUUAGAGCAGUAUUUCCACUUCAAGACAGCCAGCUAUUGA